AUGGACGUGUCCAACAUACAGUGGUGGGCGAAGCCGGCCCCGACCAUGACCGCCCCUGCGAACCAGCAGCCCAGUAGCAACGGCUUCACAAUACCGGGCCUCGGCAACGUCUUCAAUGCUCCAUCUUCCGCGUCUAACUCCCAGUCGAUCCCCCUCCCCGAGCGGCCUGUCGCCGUAGACCAAACCACAACCCGAAAGGGACGCCGCACAGCAGCUGGCGCCGCAUCAACCAGCCGGGAUAAGAUUCAGCCCCCCAGCGCCGCGUCAGGCGGUGUUCCCAACCCGACCCCCGAAUACCUUCGCCGCGCCUCCCUCCCGCCGACCCUCCUCCCCGCCCCGCGUCCCAUCCUCGUCGUCAUGGACCUCAACGGCACCCUCCUCCACCGCCCAAACCGCCGCCAGGCGACCUCCUUCGUCGAGCGACCCCACGCCAGGCGCUUCCUGCAAUACUGCCUCGACACCUUCCACGUCGUCGUCUGGUCCUCGGCCCGCCCGGCCAACGUCCAGUCCAUGUGCGACCAGCUCCUCCUGGGCCCCCCCGGCGGGGGCGCCGGCGGCGGUGACCAGGCCGACAGGGGCUCAUACCGCCGCCGCGUCCUCGCCGUCUGGGGCCGCGACCGCUUUGGCCUGUCGGACGCCGACUAUAAGCUCCGCGUCCAGGUCUAUAAGCGCCUGGACAUGGUCUGGCGCGAGAAGAACGUGCAGGCGGCGCACCCGGACGCCGCUUACGGCGGCCGCUGGGACCAGUCCAACACUGUGCUCGUCGACGACUCGGUCGAGAAGGCUCGCAGCGAGCCAUACAACCUCCUCCAGAUCCCCGAGUUCUUUGGCAACGCAGAUGAGCCGGGCUAUGUGGUGCCCCAGGUCCACGACUACCUCAACACGCUAUGCUACCAGUCUGACAUCAGCGCUUACAUGCGUGAGAACCCGUUCAAGGUGAGAGAGGAAUACAGGCUUGUGCCGGCCGAGCAAUGA